AUGACAAAUACGGAUCUGUCAAAAUCAACUUACAUCCUCAACGACUUACCGGCCCACUUUCAUACUCUGAGUGAAGAUGGUUUGCCUGAUUGGCAGAAACAGACACGGUUAAAGGAUAAAAAUCAAGAGAUUAUAAGUACUUUGAGUGAAGCUCAGGAUGCUAUGAAUUCUGUCAUCCAGAGUGAAUUUUGCAACACGAAUAAUCAAAGUGAUAUAGAGGGGGAACUGGACUUUUCGUUAUCUGGAGUAUGUAGCGAUAAAGCAGGGAAUCAGAAUACAACAGGUACUCGUAUAACCGAUUUUCAAAUGCAACAUCUCGAUAAUUUGAUUGACCCUAAUCUUGAUCUCAAUACCAAUACUAGUCUGGAUUUUGAACUUGAUUUUAACGAUUGGAUUGAUCUCAAUUCCUCGAGUGAAUUGUGUUCCUCCAACCGCGAUCUCGAAGUAAUCUCUAGACCAACUUCCACAUGCGCCACCACCGCGACGCAACAAGGUAAGAAAUCAGAUACGGACUCGAUAUCGAUCACAAACGAUAACACGACGAUCCCCUCGUUUGAGGCUUGUCUGUUCGAAUUUGAAUUACGUCCAUCAACGACUCUGGCACAUGAUGCAGUUCCAGCACCAAUUCGAGCACGAAAGAGUGAGACUAGUAUCCAGGAAGCAUCAUCCACCAGAAGAGGUAGCAAGAGGAAGGCGGAUACGAUGGGGGGAUACAGGGGAAAUCAGACCAAAAAGAGUUCGCGACCAUCUCCGCAGGGGAAACGGAACCCCAAAAGUUCACGACGUAGUUGCAAUUCCAAAUCGAAACUUAUGUCAAAGAAAUCCGUUUCAUUCGGCGAUCAUGAUCGUUAUUCUACAGAGGGUGUACUUCGAGUGUGA